AUGCCUUGCGUGCAGACGCAGUGCAGCUCCUCUCCUCAAGGAGCCAGCCCAGCGUCUCAAAGCGCAGGACGGGAGCGGAACUGUGACUUCCUCUCUCCAGAGUUUGUCAAGUUCAGCAUGGACCUUGCCAAUAGUGAAAUAUCCGCUACAUCACCCAGCGCGGAUGCUUACGCUUAUAGCUACGACGCGAAGCCCCAGUGUCUCUUCCAAAUGCCGCUUCACGGGGAGAUGUCAUCGUGCGUCAAGGCGGAGGAUGCGCGCGGAUACCCAGCUCGCGUUCAGUCGAAUCAGCAACACCAGCACCUGCAGGCAGCUGAUUUGUUAUCCUCCACGAGUUCUGUUUACUAUUAUCAGUCUCCAUCCUCGCGUGCACCCAUCACGGCCAACUUCCAAACUCCACCGGGAGCGAUGUGGGAGGACGCGCAUGGUUCUCUGUUCCGACAAGAGUAUUUAGCGGCUCAGAGGAAAAACGCUUUAUCUAGAUUCUCUCUGUUUUCCAUCAAACAUUCACAAGAAGGCAACCUGAACUUUUCCUCAUGCGGUCCGAUGAAAUUUGACCGACCUUUCCACGUGUCCUCUAACGUUGACCAAGCACUUGACACUCCAGGGCUUCUUUGCUGUGCUGGACUAGGGAAGCAACCGUGUGCGGCUUUUCACCCUCUCCAACUCUCUCACAGUCAGCAAUUCAUGAACAAUCUCAGUUCCCCCACACCCGCAUCCGGCCGACGACGUCUGAGCGCGGAGGGAUUGUGCGCGGUGUGCGGGGACAACGCAGCCUGCCAGCACUACGGAGUGCGGACGUGCGAGGGUUGCAAAGGUUUCUUCAAGCGCACAGUGCAGAAAAAUGCCAAGUAUGUGUGUUUGGCAGCCAAGAGUUGUCCAGUGGACAAGCGCCGGAGGAACCGCUGCCAAUACUGUCGCUUCCAGAAAUGCCUUGCAGUGGGAAUGGUCAAAGAAGUGGUGCGGACUGACAGUCUAAAAGGUCGCAGGGGUCGCCUUCCCUCCAAACCAAAAGCUCCUCCUGACUCGACCUCACAGCUCAACACGUUGCUGAGUUCCCUCAUCAAAGCACAUGUAGAGUCCAACCCUUCAACCUCCCGGCUUGAUUACUCGAAAUUUCACGAAGGUCUAGAAAACCCUUCAGGAGAUGAUGCUCAGCACGUGCGGCAAUUUUACGACCUCCUGACCAGAUCAAUGGAAGUGAUUCGGGCAUGGGCACUGAAGAUACCCGGAUUUGUCUCUUUGCCCAAGCAUGACCAAGACCUCUUGUUCUAUUCGUCAUUCUUGGAGCUUUUUGUGUUACGUCUGUCAUACAGAUCCAACCCUGAUGAAGGAAAGCUAGUUUUCUGCGAUGGUUCUGUGUGGCACCGCCUUCAAUGUCUGCGUGGGUUUGGUGAAUGGAUUGACAGCAUUGUAGAGUUUUCCACUAACCUUCACAGGAUGAAUUUGGACAUCGCUACCUUCUCCUGCAUAUGUGCUCUUGCCCUGGUCACUGAACGGCACGGACUGAAGGAACCGAGGAAGGUGGAGGAACUGCAGAGUAGCGUCGUCAAAUGUUUAAAGGAAGGAAGCCUACACGCAGAGAGAGACUCAAACACAUGGUCAAACCAUUUGUUUAGACUGGUGGAAAAGCUUCCUGAGCUACGUACUCUGUGCGUUCAAGGUCUGCAGAGGAUUUUUUAUUUAAAGCUUGAGGACCUAGUACCGCCACCUGCAAUAAUAGAUAAGUUAUUCCUCGACACGUUACCCUUUUGA